AUGUCUUCGCUGCCUCGAGGCAAAGCUGCGUACAAGAAGAAAGACGGCAUUCUCACGUUGACAGAGGAUCGCAAACAUGUCACCUGGACUCCUCUGCCGGGCAAUGGGCCUCCUGUUGUGUCACUGGCCGUCGCCAACGUCACAAACCUUCAGCAGACACCAGACAGCGCACCAAAGGUGAUGUUGAAGAUAUUUGAGAAGCUGCCUGACACGGAGGGAGAGCCUGUGUCCUACCUCUUUCACUUCAAUUCUCCCACCGACGCCAGGCCUGAGGCCAACGCUGUCAAGGACCUACUCUCGAGACUUCUCACGGAUGUACGCACCGGCGAUCCUUCAUUGCCCAAACCAGCUGCUGCUACCUCCACGGCCACAAAUGGGACCGGGGCGUCUGCAGCCAUGUCGUUCGCAAAUACCGUGAAUGCAAAGUCUGGCCCUGCUCCCUGGUUCGAUGAUAACCACCUGAAGAUGGACAUCGAGCUGCAGCAGUCUCUUAUGAAGAAGGAUAAAGGCUUGCAUCAAACGUAUAUGGAAGCACGAGCAACAAAGCCAGAUAACAUCUCGGAUGCAGCUUUUAACUCUCAAUUCUGGUCUACAAGGACCAAUGUUUUGAGAGCCCAUGCCAUCGAAAUCAACCAGAAGAAGGGCUCGUACAAUGUUCUUUCGACCGUCAAGCCCGAGAAGAAUGCUGAGGGCAACCUAACACUAAAGAUCAAUGUUGCCGAAGUCCAGAUGAUCUUCAACCAGCAUCCUUUGGUAAAGCGAAUCUACAAUGAGAAUGUCCCAAAAGUACCUGAGCAGCAAUUUUGGUCGCGUUUCUUUCUGAGUAAACUCGCAAAGAGACUAAAGGGAGAGCGUGUUUCUGAUAACGACAACCCGGACCCUUUAUUCGACAAAUAUGACCCGGCGGAGAAUACUACAGCCUUUACUAGCAAGAUCACUUCCCAACAGGUCCCCUCAUUUAUUGAUCUGGAGGCCAAUGAAGAGAACCAAGGCGGUUUCAAGAGUGGAAAUCGCAAAGAUGUCGAGAUGAGGCCCAGAUCUAACAUCCCAAUCGUCAAGGCGUUGAAUAGCCUUAGUGAGAAGCUUAUGGUCAAUGUUGCGCCAUCAGACCAGGACCCCACCGACGUCUCUGGUGUUGAUGACCAAGUCUACCAGGAGCUUUCCCUUCGAGAUCUGCGAGGAGAUGCCCAGGAGCACCGUAUUAUGCUCAAUGUUAAGGAACAGAGCCAGUUUUUCUCCGACCAAGCCGCGACCUCCUCAGCAAAUGCACAAGUCUAUGCUAAACAGAUCCCCUCCGAAGUCUUGUUCGAUGUGCAGUCCGACUUGGAGACACUAGAAGACGAUGGCUCGGGAGGUAUCGACUUACGAACAGGGAUUGGUGUCGACGAUGACAGCGACAGUGAUGAGGAACUGCAGAAAGCACCUCAUGUUGGCUCCCGUGCCGCACGAAAGUCUGCUCAAAGCCAGAUUCUUGGGGGCUUAGCUCAGCGAAGAGCCGAGCUGUAUGGGCAUAGCUCUGAUGAGACGUCACCCAUGGGAGUUCCGCCCGAAAUUACCCAGAAAGCUUACAUUACCAAUGCCACUACAACAGAAUUUCUCAAGCAGUUUUGGAAUGCAUUUCUGUCGGGAGAUCCUGACCGCGCACAAGAGUUGGCGUAUCAUGUUGAAUCCCUGAGGAAAUCUACACAGCGUAUCGAGGCUGUUGCAGACGAAGCAGAGGUGGCUAGGCAUAGGAUCAUAGAGCAGAAGAAGGAACAAAUCAGAGCGCAUUUUAAGCAGACAGGCAACAAGAUCCGUUGGAAGCCGGACUCGGUUGGUGGAGGGAAAAAAGCUUUGUUGACUUUGCUCAGCCCGACUAUGAAUGCACUCAAAGUAGCUCAGAACAUGUAUCAAGCGGCGCUUGCGGCCGAGGGAAUUGCUGUGAGCACAGAACACGAAUAG